GCAGGGACAAUUAAAACCAGAGGGGGCGGUACUGCUAGCAUGCUGUUGAUUUUUGGAAGCGAAGAAGACCCAUAUCAUGCAAUAGCAUUUUAAGCUAACGCCACUGACACAGAAUUCGAGCGAAAAUAUGUAUAAAUGUGUAGUGUCCCCCAAAACAACUUCAAAGGUAUGAACAGGAAACGAGCUCUUAUUUCCGACACUUUUAAGGUGAAGAAAAGACGAAAUGGAACAGAGACGUUUGGAGUCAAAAGUGAUGACCAAGGUCCCAUCGACGUCAGAAGUAGCCUGGAGUACCUCAUGACAUUGUUCCCCAGGAAACUCUUCAAUGACACCUUGCCUCAAAUUGUUCUGAAGCAUCAACUCUACAGCAUUCACCAGGACAAGACUCUUGUGGACAAGGAAGUGAAUAAACUGCGCGAGGAUGGGGAGCUGCUCAUGUUCCAGCUCGGCUUUGACACGGAGGCCUUUGGACUGGUUUUCACUUCCGAUUACAAGAGCAAAGUGCUGGCAGGAGAGGAGGGCCGAGAGACCAGAGGGGCUGUGGACAAGUUCUUGGAGAAGGCCUUGACGCCUUGCACGGAUCUCAGCUUCAACAAGGACAAGAUGCUCAGGGAGUUCCUCUUCACUGACACUGAAAUCACGCAGCUGGUGAAAUCCGGGGUCCUGACAGUGAGGGAUGCAGGCAGUUGGUGGCUUUCCAUUCCCAACUCUGGCAAAUUCACCAAGUACUUCAUACAAGGUCGUAAAGCCAUUUUGGGCAUGGUGAAGAAGUCCAGAUACAAUGAAGUGUUACAGGCUGAGCUGGAGGGUCGGCGGACUCCCUCACAAGUGAAAUUCCACAUCAAAUACCACAUCCAUGAUCUUGUUGGUGCCGAGCUGGUGGACAGCAUAACAACAACUUCCGGGACCUUAUUACGAUUUGUUGACUUCUGAAUCAAAUCAUAUUGACAUACAUCUGUGUUUAACAUGAAGACAUUUGUCAAAAAUGCCUUAAAAAAAACCCCCAAAACAAACCCUAUGGGUUUAUGAAAUGAAAAUUGUUUCAAACCAUGUCAGGUUUUGCAUUUUUUAAAUAAAAUCACACUUCACAUUUGUGCUUAUUUUACAUGAUGCCCAUUACGCAUAGCAAAAAGUAGAAAAAGGCCACAACAUUUCACUGAAACAGCAUCUCACAAUAGUGAGUAAACGCCAUCUUUAUUACAGUAUAUCUUCUCAUGGGACCAU